UCUCGGAUGGAGCUCCCUAUACCCUAAAGAAGCAGGUCCCACAAGUAAUCGAAACAAAUGAGAGGUUGUCAACGAAGAGGUAAAAGUUUGCAACGAGCCCUUCAACCUCGCUUGCUUGUACUAUUGCUCACCUACCUGACUUGCUAUUUACCUAGUUUUCUUACGGCAAGUGCUGUCUUAGCUCACCCCCAGCAUACACGUAUUAAGGUCUAUUUCAAGUUAAAGAGCACGUUUAUGUAUUAUUCCGAACUAGUAAAUGAAACAUUUUGAACCUAUCCUCACCAUUUUUUGCCAUUUAUCUACUAUUUGACCAUAUAUAUUACCUUCCUUCAAACUUCAACUCAUCGAAGUUCACAAAUCCACCAUUUUCCUCCAUAGUUUCACAUCUUCAAAACUAUUUAACAACAAAAUCAAAGUAGUGAUUACAGAUCUGCUAGUGAUUCAAGCUUCUCCUUUCUUCAGGUAAUCGAUAAAUCUCCACUUCAGUUUCCAUUUAUCUGUUUCGGUUGAACGCUAUAGCAAAUUGCAUAUCAACUGGUUGAUGAAAGGUCCCAAAGACUUUGCUAUUGUAAAACUAUAACCAAACCAAAAAAAAAAUGAAACGACGAGGUCAUUUCACUAAUGAUCCUAUCAAAUUUCUAUAUAUUGUAGUCUCGAUUGCUUGUACUUUCGUGCUGUGUUUUUCAGUACUAAAACUUAACGAAAUAACACAAGGAAAUGAAAAUGUGAUUGGUUUGAAACUGAAGAAAAAUCGAUUAGAUGGAGGAAGAGGAAUAGGGAAGUUUGGGGAAAUAGUGAUUGGAAUGUUACCUCAAGAUUUGGGGUUUACUUUAUUUUUGCCAUCUGAAGAAGCAUUCGAGCGGGAUCUGGGAUUGAGAUUGGGUGAGAAUGAGAAUGAGAACGAUACAUAUGCAAUACUAACUCGAGUACUCGGGUUUUCAGCUGUACCAAGAAGGAUUUACGCGGAUGAUGUACAAGUUGGGAAGGAGAUUGAUUAUGAUUCAAUAUCGGGAUACACUGUGUAUAUAUCGAAAGAGUCAGAUGGGUUGUUGAUAGUUAAUAGAAUUGCUUCGGAAAUGGUGGAUUUGAGAAGAGGGAAGAUUGUUGUACAUGUUAUGGAUGGGGUGAUAAUGGAUCCAGAAUUCGAGCAAUCUGUUCGACCUGAUGAUGAUUGAGUUGAGCUAACUUGAGCUGAGCUGAGCUAAGGUUUCAUGGUUGCUGAUUAACCCGGCCAUUUUCACCUUAGGGGAAACUUACGAAGCUUGAUGCAUUAGGAUGGCACAGACAGAUCUAUGAAGACGAUAAACUUUGGUGUAUAACUUUGCUGAAUUCGAGUAAAUAUAGUGGCAUUGAUUUCCUGGAGAUCAACAUUGAACCAGAUCAACACUACUUUUGAAGAGGAAUUAUGCAUCACUUGAGUCUGGAUCAACAUUGAACCAGAUCAACACUGCUUUUGAAGAGGAAUUAUGCAUCACUUGAGUCUGGAUUUUUCGGAGUGAUUAUCUCUAUCUUCUAAGAUAAGGUACGUUCUGCGUAUACGAUACUAUCCCUAGACUCUGAAUUGUGGGAUUACACCGAGUAUGUUGUUAUUGUUGUUGAAUAUCAGCUUCCGAUAGUGGCAUACGAGGUGGGCAUCCAUCAACAACACAACCAAUACCAUCACCAUGAGAUUCUCCAAAUGUUGUAGCGCGGAAGAAAGUUCCAUAUGUAUUUCCAGCAGCCUUUAUCUUCGUGUAUCUUAUAUUCAAACUUGUAAACUACUUGUGAGUUGGGAGGCUGAUUGAAGAAAUUUUUGAACAUUUUAUUUCUCAUAUGGGAAUUCGUCAUUUUUUAACAUAGGUAUUAGUUAUGCAGA